AUUGCUCCACACAGGAACCAGAAAUUAGUAGUUCACCUCUCGAGUAGCAUGGCUGUCACGUGACUAAAGAACGAAUCACCAGGACAAGAAGAUUCCAGAGGAAUAACUCCAGGUGUUUCAACUGAGAUCUGCGGGAUAAAACAUUGUAAAAUGAUGUUUAUUAAAGAAGAGAUUGAGGACAUGAGUUAUCCAGAAUCAUGCAGUUUAAAUGUCAUGAAAAAUGAAGAUACUGAGGAACAAAGAGAUCUGAUCAACAUGAAAGAGGAAAGUCAAGAACUGAAUGAAGUGAAGGUGGAUCAGACACUUAAUAAUUUAACAACUGAACAAAACUCUUUUUGUGGCUCACAGACAGAAAAUAAUUUCUCACAAAAGAGAACUAAAAGAACAAGAGUAAAACAUUCUUUCUCCUGUCGUCAAUGUGGAAAGAUUUAUGCACAUAAAGCAGGUCUUAAGCGUCACAUAAGAGAUCACACUGGAGAGAAGCCUUUCAAAUGUCAUCAUUGUAUGAAGAGUUUCACAAUUAAAGGCAACCUUACUAAGCACAUAAGAGUUCACACUGGAGAGAAGCCCUUCAGCUGCCCUCAUUGUAUGAAGUGUUUCACAUGUAAAGGCAACCUUAUGACUCACAUAAGAGUUCAUACUGGAGAGAAGCCCUUCACCUGCCCUCAAUGUAUGAAAAGUUUCACACGUAAAGGCAACCUUAUGACUCACAUAAGAAUUCACACUGGACAGAAGCCUUUCACAUGCCGUCAGUGUAUGAAGCAUUUCAAACGUAAAGAAACUCUUAUUAAGCACAUGAGAAUUCACACUGGAGAGAGGCCUUUCAUCUGUAAUCAGUGUGGGAAAACUUUCACACGUAAAGAAAUUCUUAAUAAGCACAUGAGAAUUCACACUGGUGAGAAGCCUUUCACCUGCCAUCAGUGUGGGAAGAGUUUCAUACAGGCACAUUGUCUCAAAAGUCAUUUGUCCAUUCACUCAGGAGAAAAGUCAUAUAGCUGUGAUCAGUGCGGUAAAACAUUUUCUUCAGCAUCAGUCUUAAGAAUACACUUGAGGAUUCAUGCAAUUGUGAAGCCUUACUUGUGUUCUCUUUGUGGAAAAGGUUUUUCACAUCUCCACAGUUUUAAAGAGCACCAAAAAAAGCAUACUGGAGUGAGAGAUCAUGUGUGCAUGUGUGGUAAAGCCUUUUACAGAGCUUAUAACUUGGAACGUCACCAAAGAAUCCAUACUGGAGAAAAACUUCACAAGUGUUCACAAUGUGGAAAGAGUUUCACUAAUUCAAGAGACCUGAAAGAACACGAGCGAGUGCAUACUGGAGAGAAGCAGUAGCGGUUUUAAUGCAAUUGCGUGGGGCCUCGGAUGUCGUGGGGCCCCCUCCCUGGUAGGAAAGCUUGGCAAAAACCGCUUUAGGGGUGAUAUUAUGUUCUGGGUACAGCACUCUUAAGAGCAGUUCAUGUUAGAGGUCUGCUGGGUUCGGGUCAGUUAAUCAAGUAGGACUUUGGGUUCGGGUUUGUAAUUAAUGAAAUAAUAUACGGGACUUCUGAACUUGUUUCACCCAUGAGCUAGCGGCUGUUCACACCAUGCAUCUGCUCUGUUUUUCCAUUGUUUUCCUAUUUAAACAUGCGCUGGACUUACGUCCUUGACUUCUGCACCAUGUCUCGCUGUUUCUUCACGCAGGACCGGCACAUUUUUAGACACAGUGUCAAGUUAAAAAUAACUUAAGUCUCAAAAACACAUGUCAAGACACCUGCGUUGUUUCAUUCGUUACACUGUGUCUAGAUUGUUUUUAGCACAGGUGCCAAAAAGAUUUCAUGUUUUGAACAAGUUCAGGUUGCAAAGAGGUGACUGUUACGGUUUUUAACAUUAUUCCAGGUUAUUCUACACAAGGCAAGGUUUCAACGCUUGAUAAAUGUAAGGGUUUUUUCCCCUCUGCUUUAUGGCACUUUUCCACUGCACGUUACGGUUCGACUCGCUUUACAUUUCCGAACUUGCAUUUCCACUGCAGUUUAGUCCCCCUCUACGUGGGUGGGAUUAUAGUCUGAUCGUCAUAGUUGCGCUGCCUCUACUGCCGUGACAUCAUCUUAAACACGACAAAACCGGCCAAAACAAUAACACGACCGCUAGCUGUAAGCAGUUGUUGCAUGGUAAUUUUACACAAGUUAAAUUGGCCUGGUUGUUUUUGAAGCAAGCUUCCAGAAGCUGAUCAACUAAAUAAAGUGAAGCUUUCAAGAGUUUGAAAGCUAACAAAACAUACCAUCCUCCAUCGUGGAUCAACGCUAGUUCAGGGCACCCCUCCUCCCAUUGCUCGCCAGUGUAGAUACCGUCCAUUUGGUCGAAACACUUCCAAUUUUCCUUGAUGGUUCUGUAGUCAUUUAAGUUUUUUUUUUUUUACAUUUCACUACACUGUUAGUAGGUCUGGUGGUUGCCGUGUGCGGCCAACAGCUGAGACCCAUCCUGAGAGACUUUUUCGUUUCACUCAUCGCUAACGAGUGGACCGUCUGCACCUUGUUUAUUGACCAUGUCAUGGUUUUGCGCACAGCCAUUUCUUUUAUCACAAUUCAAAAGUUGCGUGAACAAAUGAUCCUGUUAUCACUUUUGCUAACUUUAAAACUAGCGGUUUGGUGUCGCGUGUUGGAAAUCCAGUGACGCGGGUAGUGACGAUUCUCCCUGACCAAUCAGUGAUCUGCAGGAUUUUGACAUCACAUUUAGUAUCGGCUCUCUUGGAACCUCGACCGAAGUACCAUCCACAGUGGAAAACCCCAAAAUAGCAAGCGGAGGUGAGUUUGAGUCGAGUUGCACCGUGCAGUGGAAAAGCCCCACUAGUGUGCGGAAACCUGCCAUGCCUUUGUAUGUUUACUGUUACGCAUGUUGACUACAAUGCAAACAUAAAAUACAGUCUUUUGCAACAUGAUGAACAAUACACUAAAGCAUUAGAAUAUAAGCUCCAGGUGAAAGUAAACUAAAUAAGACAGAAUUAUAUUACUAUUCUAUACAACAAAUCCUAAAAGUAAUAAUAAUAAUACUGUAUCAAACUAGAUCAAUAUGUAUUAUAAUGAAAAACUGGACAGCAAUGUAUAAUUGUUGGGUUAUAAUAAAUAAAAUAUGAAUUCCAAAAUGUUAAUGAGUGAAGGAGUAGGUUUUGCACACUCUUAAAAAAAAGUGCUUGUCUAGGUAAAUAUUGCUUUUUCACUGUAUUUUCAAAAAACCUGGAGAACAUGCAUUAAUUAUCUUAAACUAGAAUUUUAUUUAAUUAAACAUUUGGAAUGCAUUUGCUUCAGUGGCUGAUAGGAUGAAUUUAAAAUUAUGAUUUUUUUUUUAUGAUUAAUUUUCAAAAUAAGGCCGCUGAUUGGUCGGUUGCUUUGGGCCUCAGAAAUCAUAAACCCGCCCCUGCAGAGAGGCCUCUCUACUGACUCAUCGAAAAUAGGGCUGCAACAAAUGAUUAUUUUGCUAAUUAAUCUAACGAUUAUUGCAUCGAUUAAUCAUUAGCUCUCAAUCCAUUAUUCUGCUUGUGCUUUUUUUGUGACAUUCCUAGUUAAAACUAGGAAUGUCCCGAUACAAUGUUUUUUUUUGAGAACGAAUAUGAGUACCAACUUGAUUUUUGGUACUGCCAAUACAGAGUCCGAUAGCUACUUUUUUAUUUAUUUUAUUUUACUCCAUAUCAACGGUUUAUUUACAUUUUAUCAUCAUAACGGUGUUUAAAUAAAUUGGUUCAUUAUAAUGUAAUCAAAUGAAAAUAUAACAAAUAAUUUUCAACAUUAUAUUGUAUUAUUUGUUUUAUCAAAUUAAGUGCUUUUAUACAGAACCUCACAGCACAAUCCAAAAUACAUUUACAUUUAGCAGACACUUUUAUCCAAAUGAGACACACAGCAAGCAAUUUGUCAUGCAGGUUUAACAACAUCUGCAGUAUAGGACUACCAGGUUCUCACAGUGGUUGGAAUAUUAAAGAUGCUAGCACAGAAGAAAGAGACAGAAAAGGAUUUUAGUUUUUUUUACAACAUUGGAGUUAUAUUUUGUCAAAUAAAGUGCUGCAUUACUGCUGAAGUAUAAUACAGUUACUACUGAUUUAUUAUGAUUAGUAUUAGUAGUAUUACAGUGAAUAUUACAUAAAUCUAGAGUAGUGAUAUAUUUCUGUCAUACUUUUUUCCUAUGAAAUUGCCAUUAAUUUUGACAGAGCUUUUAUUUUGAAGUGUUGUUUUGACCAAGGAGCUCUGAUGUUAUGAUGGCAGAUUCCCACUCUGGAAAAGCCGGUCGCUAUGGGGUUCAAAGUGAUUAUUAAACCGCAAAAGGGUGCUAUUUUAUUCAAUAUGUACUCUAUAUGUGCCUCACGCUACAACAUGAAUUUGGACUCUGUUAACUGUUACAAACAGCACGUAAUACAGAGGACAAAAUCAACUUUUAAAAGUACGUCUAAUGACAUUAACUGAAUUGGGGAAAAAAGUUUUACUAAGUUUAAUUCAGUAAAAAAAAUAUCACUGAAAGAUAUUGUGUUUUGUCUUUUUUUCAAUUUAAAAAUAUAAAAAAAAAUCCAUAAAGGUUUUUGAUUGAACACCAGUUUGGUGGUUAAGAGACACUUCUGUAGUUUCGAUUGACAUGCCGCUUUACACAUUUGUGGAAAAUGGGUUCGCGUUUCCCACCUUAAAGGGAUAGUUCACCCUAAAAGAGUCAUCAUUUACUCACCCUCAAGUUGUUCCAAACCUGUACAAAUGUCUGUUCUG